AGAACCCAUGGAUGGGAAAGAGAGUAGCGUUAGGUGAGGUUAUGAGUAAGAGUUUUGCUAAGCAUUCGAGUGCAAGUUAUGGGAGUAGGACCUUGUGGCACUUCCUUCGGAUGCCUCCUUAGGUUGUACCAGUUUUUCAAGUCCUGUUUUUUUUUUUAAAUUUAACUGUAUGAAAGUUGUUACAACAUUGUUCUAGGCUGAGAGGUGACCAAUGAACUGACGGAGAGAGAAACCGAGUGAUCAGAAUAAGAGGAGUAGUAAAGUGGAAGAUAGAAAGAGAGAAGAUAAUUGUGUGAAAAAGAGUCAAGUGAAGUUUAAUAUGACCAGAUCAAUUGAGUGUCUUUAGAUGCACUUGAAGAGGAUUUGGAGUGGUUUCUACAUUGGCUGUUAGUUACCUAUGUUAUGAAGCAGCACGGUGGGCGAUAGCUGAAAACAUUUUAUUACAACUUGCAGAACAAGGGACUCAUAUCUGGCAGGUUAUUUUCCAUCAGUACACAGCCUGACACUUGUAGGUGUUCUGUUCAUUUAUUGUUAGAGUAUCUAGGAGGAUCCAAGGACCUCUGCCUUUUGAUACUGCGCCUAAUUGCCUUCGGACACUUUUGAGGACCGUUUGCUGAGGAGAAUUGAUUAUGGCCAGUUUCCUGUACUUUAUCCUUCCGGCCCUAGGGGGCUACACCCUGACGUCGCUCUACCUGUUGAAGAACCCUCAGAUCCUCCACAAGAAGAAACGGGCUGCCUUCCACUGUACCCACAUUUCACACAGAGGAGGAAGCGGUGAGAGGAUGGAGAGCACCAUGGAGGCCUUCACACAUGCGGUGGAGCAGGGUACAGGAAUGCUGGAGCUGGACUGUCACCUGACCCGGGAUGGUCAUGUGGUCGUGUCACAUGACGAAAACCUCCUGAGGCAGACUGGCCAUGAUGUCACCAUCUCCUCCCUAAACCUAGAGGACUUACCCUUGUAUAAGGACAGACUGGAGGUCACAUUUAAUGCAGGCCACUACAGCACCGGUACAGACAGGAAGUUCACCCUGUUGGAGGAAGUGUUCAGGAAAUUCCCUAAGAUGCCAGUCAACAUCGAAAUCAAAGAAGACAACAGCUUGCUGAUGGAGAAAGCGUCCAACAUGGUGAAACAGUAUGAUAGAGAGGACCUCACAGUGUGGGCGACUGUAGACUCUACCAUUAUGAAAAAGUGCCGCAGAUCUAACUCCACCAUGCCCUAUAGUUUCAGUAUGAGACGAGGGCUGCAGCUGCUCCUCCUUUACUACAGCGGCCUGCUGCCCUUUGUUCCGCUGGGAGAGAGCUUCCUGCAGUUCUACCUGCCCCGCAUCAUUAACAGAACAUAUAUUCCUGAGGAGCGUCUUCUGAAGAACAGAAUGGUCAUCUAUCUGAUAGAAAAAUUAACGAUGAGGAAGAGUCUAUUCAAACAUCUGGCCAACAGAGGAAUUCAGGUGCACCUGUUCGUCUGCAACGAGGAUCCUGACAUCGAGGCGGCGUUCGAAGCAGGAGCCACAGGCGUCAUGACAGACUACCCUACCCUCCUGACUGACUACCUACACAGACACGGGAGGCAAGACUGACAGCCCAAACUUCCAAUCAAACUACUAAUUCACAAACAGGUUCUUAACUGACAGCUCGAGCUACCUAUCAAGAGACCUCCACUCGUACAUUGUGUAUCACCCCCGAAAGAACCACACUGAAAUCGCAAUUUUCCUUCACAACUCCGGUCUCCACCAAUGAGCAGAAGGACAGCUCUGUGAGGAAGUUGCCCUAAAAAGCACAGAUCCAAGACCAGCGUAACUUUCCGAAAUCCCAACCUUAACCAAUAGAGGGAAAAACACAUAACCAAUCUCUGAUCAAUGUCUUUAGGCAACUUCAUUCCAUCUACACAAAAGUAUGUCACUUAUACUUACUUUACUUUUGGUUAAUGGAUUGUGGACAUAUAUUGAGACACUGUUCACCUCUCUCUGCAACCUUCCCAAACCCUAAUGGAUCUAUCAGUGAAUGUCUGGAUGUUGGGAGGAGAAGUGAUUUCUUUAAGUAUAUAUCCUUGAUGUUCUCUCAUGACAUUUACAUAAUGGAAAUGACUUUUGGGGAAUUUAAGACAUGCUAUACAAAUUGUAUGUUUGUCAAUGCAAAGAUGAUUUAAAUAAAUACUUGUAUACCGUAA